AUGCUGGGGUGGCUGGUCAUCAAGGGAAGCUUGGUAAUUCCCCCUAUUUCACGUGUCUCCACAUCUUUCAUCCUCCAAGGGGAAAGGUGCAGGUUUUUUAUCAGUGAAGUGAAAAGCUCAAAAUCAUUACAUUGGAAGUACAAUUUUUUCAAAAGAUUCAAUAUUCAUUUUGGGAAAGUGUACCUAGUACCGCUUGGCUGUUAUAACCGCUUAGGUCUCUUAUGUCACCAGGAGUUGAUGGGUAAAGGUCACACUAUAGCCAAGGGGGCCAGUGGAAAUAAGCCUCACCUUGACACUUAUAAAGUGGAGGGGCUAGCUCCUUAUAAUUAUAAGGGACAACAGUGGAAUGAGCUUCACUGA